AUGCAGUUCAAAUUUUUGCAAGAACAGCAGUGCACAGUGGCUUGCCGGAAAACGCUCACCAAAGAUGAAGUGAAGAACUUCCGUGCAAAAAUCGACGACGAGUACAGGGUCAAUAUGAUCUUUGACAACUUGCCUGUAGGUAUCCUGAGAGAAGUGAAGAAUCUUGAUGCAAAUGGAGACAUUGCUCAUGUGUACGACAGAGGCUUCCCUGUGGGGUACCACGAGAAAGGUCGAUACAUCCUCUUCAACCAUCUUCGUUUCACUGUGCACCACCACUUUGACCCUAAGAGGCUGACAUCUCGUGUGGUUGGGUUCGAGGUGACACCAAUUUCGGUGCACCACAAAGCGGAGGAUGACACAAAGACGCCGCCUCUUCGCACAUGCAGGCCCCAGGACAAUGUACUAACAUUUGAAACUGAAAGGCAGGAUGUUGUGGAGAAGGAGGUCAUCUUCACAUAUGACGUUUUAUUCAAGGACAGUGAGGUGCGAUGGGCAUCAAGAUGGGACUCCUACCUUGCCUUUCGUAGGAACGACCAGAUCCACUGGUUUUCAAUCAUAAACUCACUUAUGAUUGUUAUAUUCCUCUCUGGAAUGGUGGCAAUGAUCAUGUUGAGAACUCUGCAUCGGGACAUCGCCAAAUACAAUCAGCUGGAAACCGUGGAAGAGGCCCAAGAAGAAUCUGGUUGGAAACUGGUCCAUGGAGAUGUGUUCCGGCCCCCAGGCAACUCUUCAUGGCUAGCUGUGCAUGUCGGUGUAGGCGUUCAACUGUUUGGCAGCUUGAUCGUGGCCAUCUUCUUUGCACUGCUGGGAUUUCUCUCUCCUGCCAAUCGGGGAUCCCUCAUGACAGCAAUUCUUGUGCUCUUUGUCUUCAUGGGCUUCUUUGCUGGGUUUUACUCCUCCCGAUUGUACAAGACAUUCAAGGGCAGCCAGUGGAAGACAACCACAAUCCGAACAGCAUUCUUCUUCCCAGGGCUGUGCUUUGCCAUCUUCUUCGUUCUGAACCUUCUGAUUUGGGGCCAGAAGUCGUCAGGAGCAGUUCCUUUCGGGACUCUAUUUGCUCUCUGUUGCCUAUGGUUUGGCAUCUCUGCCCCUCUCGUCUUCAUAGGCUCAUACCUCGGAUUCAAAAAGACACCCCAGGAUGACCCAGUCCGAACCAACAAGAUCCCCAGGCAGAUACCAGAACAGCCCUUGUACAUGCACCCUGUGCUAUCGUGCCUGAUUGGUGGACUACUGCCCUUUGGAGCAGUCUUCAUCGAGCUGUUUUUCAUUCUCACGUCCAUCUGGCUGCACCAAUUCUACUACAUCUUCGGCUUCCUGACCCUGGUGUUCAUCAUCUUGAUCUUCACCUGUGCCGAGAUCACGAUUGUGCUGUGCUACUUUCAGCUGUGUAGUGAGGACUACCACUGGUGGUGGCGGUCGUUCUUCACAGCAGGCUCCUCCGCCCUGUACCUGUUCCUUUACUCAGCGUAUUACUUCUACACCAAACUGGACAUCUCUAAGACGGUGUCUGCGAUGUUGUACUUUGGGUACAUGGGCAUCUUGUCAUAUGGGUUCUUCUGUGUGACUGGAACGAUCGGUUUCUACGCCUGCCACUGGUUUGUGCACAAAAUCUAUGGUGCAGUGAAGUUCGACUGA